GAUGUCUGGUCGAGGGGAUAGUUCAGGCAGUGGCCGUGUUCGUGGAGGUGGACGUAAAGGUGCUCGUGGGGGUGCUUGUGGAGGUGCUCAUGGAGGUGCUCGCGAUAGUCCACAUAUCACACAAUCCACUCAGGAUACCUUCUUUGAUGAUGACAUGAAUCAGGGUGAGUAUGAUAGUGAGGUUGUACCUGAGACACAACAAGAUGAAGUGGUUGUUGAGCCGGGAGUGUUUUGGAUGACACCUGGUGAACUAUGGUUUGAUCAUAGUUCCCUUGCCCGACACAUCACGAGUGUCAUUCAAAAGUAUUACAAGAGUCCGUGGACGUGUUAUACACAGGUGGAUAACCAUACCAAAGAGCAUUGGUUUAAUUUGUUCAAGCGGACUCACAAGUGGCCACCGGAGUACGACAACUUGGCCUUGCAUGACUACCAUGAAAAAGCGGGGCAAAGACUAAAGGACACACACAACUACAUCACGUCAAGAAGUGGUGGAAAACGUCCUGAUUGGUUGCCUGAGGAGGUGCAUAAAGAGAUGAUGAGGCAUGCAACGGAGGAUCCUGAAUUCCUGAAAAAUUCUGAGCGUUCAAAGAAGAAUAGGAGAGGCGGUUCACUAACAAAUUCAAUUGAACCAACACAUUUUCAAGGUUCCAUUUCCACAGUAGAACAUGCAAAAAAAUGGUAA